AGCCGCCGCUGCUGCUUGGGCUCCGGGGCUAGGUGGAGGAAAGGGGUGCUGGGAAUUCAUCCACAUUUUCCGACCUUUUUGUUGGACAUUACGCCCACCUUGGACGCUGCAAGAGGAGCUGUCAAACCCCGCAGGCUCUGAUUUGGCCCCCUCCGCUUUCCUUGGCUGCUCCCGGCUUCCCUGUGCCUCGGUGGAGUAUUUGCGUUCGGGGCUGGGGCUGGAGGAGGCAGCCACACGCGCGCACACGCACACGUUCAGAGGAGGGCGAGAGGCAGCGGCACAGGCACCAUCUGCAGUGUCAAUGCGGCGCUCCCACUGAAGGAGGGAAACGCGGUGCUUCCAGGAUGACACUGAGAUGAGGGAGGCUCAGGACUUUGUCCAAGGUCACACGGCCACCAAGUGGUGGAGCCACAGCUCAGCCCUAAGCAAUCUGACCUGGCCAUGGCCCCUGGUCACUCUGCUGCUGGCCACCUGACAAUGUAUGUGCUCAGCAAGAUGCUUCCCAGUGUUGGGGGAGACUGCCCUGCUGAGUCCUGGUGACAGCUGUGCCCAAGUGCUGCUGGGCCGUGAGGACCCUUCUCUGAAAUGAAAGCCAUGCCUUGGAACUGGACUUGUCUGCUGUCCCACCUCCUGGUGGUAGGGAUGGGCUCCUCCACUCUGCUCCCCCGGCAGCCACCCCCACUGACCCAGAAGCGGUCCUUUGUCACUUUCCGAGGAGAGCCCACCGAGGGCUUCAAUCACCUGGUGGUGGAUGAGAGGACAGGGCAUAUUUACUUGGGGGCCGUCAACAGGAUCUAUAAGCUUUCCAGUGACCUGAAGGUCUUGGUGACCCACCAGACAGGGCCGGACGAGGACAACCCUAAGUGCUACCCGCCCCGCAUCGUCCAGACGUGCAAUGAGCCUCUGACCACCACCAACAACGUCAACAAAAUGCUCCUCAUAGACUACAAGGAGAACCGGCUGAUCGCCUGCGGGAGCCUGUACCAGGGCAUCUGCAAGCUCCUGAGGCUGGAGGACCUCUUCAAGUUGGGGGAGCCUUUUCACAAGAAGGAGCACUACCUGUCGGGGGUCAAUGAGAGUGGCUCGGUCUUCGGAGUGAUCGUCUCCUACAGCAACCUGGAUGACAAGCUCUUCAUCGCCACCGCGGUGGACGGGAAGCCUGAGUAUUUCCCUACCAUCUCCAGCCGGAAGCUGACCAAGAACUCUGAGGCCGAUGGCAUGUUCGCUUACGUCUUCCAUGAUGAGUUUGUGGCUUCCAUGAUCAAGAUCCCCUCGGACACCUUCACCGUCAUCCCCGACUUUGAUAUCUACUACGUCUAUGGUUUCAGCAGCGGCAACUUCGUCUACUUUUUGACCCUUCAGCCUGAGAUGGUGUCCCCUCCAGGCUCCACGACAAAGGAACAGGUGUACACCUCCAAGCUCGUGAGGCUUUGCAAGGAGGACACAGCCUUCAACUCGUACGUGGAGGUGCCCAUUGGCUGUGAGCGCGGCGGGGUGGAAUACCGCCUGCUCCAGGCCGCCUACCUGUCCAAAGCCGGGGCUGUGCUGGGCCGGACCCUGGGUGUCCGCCCAGACGACGACCUCCUCUUCACCGUCUUCUCCAAGGGCCAGAAGCGGAAGAUGAAGUCUCUGGAUGAAUCGGCCCUGUGCAUCUUUAUUCUGAAGCAGAUCAAUGACCGCAUUAAGGAGCGCCUGCAGUCCUGCUACCGGGGCGAGGGCACGCUGGACCUGGCCUGGCUCAAGGUGAAGGAUAUCCCCUGCAGCAGCGCGCUCUUAACCAUCGAUGACAACUUCUGUGGCCUGGAUAUGAAUGCUCCCCUGGGAGUGUCCGAGAUGGUGCGUGGCAUCCCGGUCUUCACAGAGGACAGGGACCGCAUGACUUCCGUCAUUGCCUACGUCUACAAGAAUCACUCUCUAGCCUUCGUGGGCACCAAGAGUGGCAAGCUGAAGAAGAUCCGGGUGGAUGGGCCCAGGGGCAAUGCCCUGCAGUACGAGACAGUGCAGGUGGUAGAACCUGGCCCGGUCCUCCGUGACAUGGCCUUCUCCAAGGAUCAUGAGCAGCUCUACAUCAUGUCAGAAAGGCAGCUCACCAGAGUUCCUGUGGAGUCCUGCGGUCAGUAUCGGAGCUGCGGGGAUUGCCUUGGCUCCGGUGAUCCCCACUGCGGCUGGUGUGUGCUCCACAACACGUGCACCCGGAAGGAGAGGUGUGAGCGGUCCAGGGAACCCCGCAGGUUUGCCUCAGAGAUGAAGCAGUGUGUCCGGCUCACAGUCCACCCCAACAACAUCUCCGUCUCUCAGUACAACGUGCUGCUGGUCCUGGAGACAUACAAUGUCCCGGAGCUAUCAGCUGGCGUCAACUGCACCUUUGAGGACCUGUCAGAGAUGGAUGGGCUGGUGAUAGGAAAUCAGAUCCAGUGUUAUUCCCCCGCAGCCAAGGAGGUGCCCCGGAUCAUCACAGAGAACGGAGACCACCAUGUGGUACAGCUUCAACUCAAGUCCAAGGAGACAGGCAUGACCUUCGCCAGCACCAGCUUUGUCUUCUACAACUGCAGCGUGCACAACUCGUGCCUGUCCUGCGUGGAGAGCCCGUACCGCUGCCACUGGUGUAAAUAUCGGCACGUCUGCACCCAUGACCCCAAGACUUGCUCCUUCCAGGAAGGCCGCGUGAAGCUGCCCGAGGACUGUCCCCAGCUGCUGCGAGUGGACAAGAUCCUGGUGCCCGUGGAGGUGAUCAAGCCCAUCACUCUGAAGGCCAAGAACCUUCCGCAGCCCCAGUCGGGGCAGCGUGGCUACGAGUGCAUCCUCAACAUCCAGGGCGGCGAGCAGAGGGUGCCCGCCCUGCGCUUCAACAGCUCCAGCGUGCAGUGCCAGAACACCUCCUAUUCCUAUGAAGGGAUGGAGAUCAACAACCUGCCCGUGGAGUUGACGGUCGUGUGGAAUGGGCACUUCAACAUCGACAACCCAGCUCAGAAUAAAGUCUACCUCUACAAGUGCGGGGCCAUGCGGGAGAGCUGCGGGCUGUGCCUCAAGGCUGACCCAGACUUCGAGUGUGGCUGGUGCCAGAGUCCAGGCCAGUGCACCCUGCGCCAGCACUGCCCUACCCACGAGAGCCGCUGGCUGGAGCUCUCAGGCGCCAACAGCAAGUGCACAAACCCCCGCAUCACAGAGAUAAUUCCAGUGACAGGCCCCCGGGAAGGGGGCACUAAGGUCACCAUCCGAGGGGAGAACCUGGGCCUGGAAUUCCGGGACAUUGCCUCCCAUGUCAAAGUGGCCGGUGUGGAGUGCAGCCCCUUGGUGGACGGCUACAUCCCUGCAGAACAGAUCGUGUGUGAGAUGGGAGAGGCCAAGCCCAGCCAGCACGCGGGCUUCGUGGAGAUCUGUGUGGCUGUGUGCCGGCCGGAGUUCAUGGCCCGCUCCUCGCAGCUCUAUUACUUCAUGACGCUGACUCUCUCCGACCUUAAGCCCAGCCGCGGGCCCAUGUCUGGGGGCACCCAGGUGACCAUCACGGGCACCAACCUGAACGCAGGCAGCGAUGUGGUGGUGAUGUUUGGAAAGCAGCCCUGCCUCUUCCACAGGCGAUCUCCGUCCUACAUCAUCUGCAACACCACGUCCUCCGAGGAGGUUCUGGAGAUGGAGGUGACGGUGCAGGUGGACAGGGCCAAGAUCCGCCGAGACCUGGUCUUCCAGUACGUGGAGGACCCCACCAUCGUGCGCAUCGAGCCCGAGUGGAGCAUUGUGAGUGGGAACACACCCAUCGCUGUCUGGGGGACUCACCUGGACCUCAUACAGAACCCCCAGAUCCGUGCCAAGCAUGGCGGGAAGGAGCACAUCAAUAUCUGUGAGGUCCUGAAUGCCACCGAGAUGACCUGCCAGGCCCCAGCCCUCGCCCUGGGUCCCGAGCACCAGUCGGACCUCACGGAGAGGCCUGAGGAAUUUGGCUUCAUCCUGGACAAUGUGCAGUCCCUGCUGAUCCUCAACAAGACCAACUUCACCUACUAUCCCAACCCUGUGUUCGAAGCCUUCGGUCCGUCAGGAAUCCUGGAGCUCAAGCCGGGCACCCCCAUCAUCCUAAAGGGCAAGAACCUGAUCCCACCGGUGGCUGGGGGCAACGUGAAGCUGAACUACACCGUGCUGGUUGGGGAGAAGCCGUGCACCGUGACCGUGUCAGAUGUGCAGCUGCUCUGCGAGUCCCCCAACCUCAUUGGGAGGCACAAAGUGAUGGCCCGCGUCGGCGGCAUGGAGUACUCCCCGGGGAUGGUGUACAUCGCCCCCGACAGCCCGCUCAGCCUGCCGGCCAUCGUGAGCAUCGCGGUGGCCGGAGGGCUCCUCAUCAUCUUCAUCGUGGCUGUGCUCAUCGCUUACAAACGCAAGUCCCGCGAGAGCGACCUCACGCUGAAGCGGCUGCAGAUGCAGAUGGACAACCUGGAGUCCCGCGUGGCUCUGGAGUGCAAGGAAGCUUUUGCCGAGUUGCAGACAGACAUCCAUGAGUUGACCAGUGACCUGGACGGGGCCGGGAUCCCCUUCCUGGACUACAGGACCUACACCAUGCGAGUGCUGUUCCCAGGAAUUGAAGACCACCCUGUGCUCCGGGACCUCGAGGUCCCGGGCUACCGGCAGGAGCGCGUGGAGAAAGGCCUGAAGCUCUUCGCGCAGCUCAUCAACAACAAGGUGUUCCUGCUGUCCUUCAUCCGCACGCUCGAGUCCCAGCGCAGCUUCUCCAUGCGCGACCGCGGCAACGUGGCCUCGCUCAUCAUGACCGUACUGCAGAGCAAGCUGGAGUACGCCACAGACGUGCUGAAGCAGCUGCUGGCCGACCUCAUCGACAAGAACCUGGAGAGCAAGAACCACCCCAAGCUGCUGCUCAGGAGGACAGAGUCGGUGGCUGAAAAGAUGUUGACCAAUUGGUUCACUUUCCUCCUCUACAAGUUCCUCAAGGAGUGUGCUGGGGAGCCCCUCUUCUCCCUGUUCUGCGCCAUCAAGCAGCAGAUGGAGAAGGGCCCCAUAGAUGCCAUCACGGGAGAGGCCCGCUACUCCCUGAGCGAGGACAAGCUCAUCCGGCAGCAGAUCGAGUACAAGACCCUGGUCCUGAGCUGUGUCAGUCCAGACAAUGCCAACAGCCCCGAGGUCCCAGUGAAGAUCCUCAACUGUGACACCAUCACUCAGGUCAAGGAGAAGAUUCUGGAUGCCAUCUUCAAGAACGUGCCCUGUUCCCACCGGCCCAAGGCUGCAGACAUGGACCUUGAGUGGCGACAAGGGAGCGGGGCGAGGAUGAUCCUGCAGGAUGAAGACAUCACCACCAAGAUCGAGAACGAUUGGAAGAGACUCAACACCCUGGCCCAUUACCAGGUGCCGGAUGGUUCCGUGGUAGCUUUAGUGUCCAAGCAGGUGACGGCCUAUAAUGCAGUGAACAACUCCACCGUCUCCAGGACCUCGGCGAGUAAAUACGAAAAUAUGAUCCGGUACACGGGAAGUCCCGACAGCCUCCGUUCCCGGACGCCCAUGAUCACCCCCGACCUGGAGAGCGGGGUCAAGAUGUGGCACCUGGUGAAGAACCAUGAGCAUGGGGACCAGAAGGAGGGUGACCGGGGGAGCAAGAUGGUUUCUGAAAUCUACCUGACACGCCUGCUGGCCACUAAGGGCACUCUGCAGAAGUUUGUGGAUGACCUCUUCGAGACCAUCUUCAGCACGGCCCACCGCGGCUCGGCCCUGCCCCUGGCCAUCAAGUACAUGUUCGACUUCCUGGAUGAGCAGGCCGACAGGCACGGCAUUCACGACCCGCACGUGCGCCACACCUGGAAGAGCAACUGCCUCCCCCUGCGGUUUUGGGUCAACAUGAUCAAGAACCCGCAGUUCGUGUUUGACAUCCAUAAGAACAGCAUCACGGACGCCUGCCUCUCCGUGGUGGCCCAGACCUUCAUGGACUCCUGCUCCACGUCGGAGCACCGGCUGGGCAAGGACUCGCCCUCCAAUAAGCUGCUCUACGCCAAGGACAUCCCCAGCUACAAGAACUGGGUGGAGAGGUAUUACUCGGACAUCGGGAAGAUGCCGGCCAUCAGUGACCAGGACAUGAACGCGUACCUGGCGGAGCAGUCCCGGCUGCACAUGAGCGAGUUCAACACUAUGAGCGCCCUCUCGGAGAUCUUCUCCUACGUGGGCAAGUACAGUGAGGAGAUCCUUGGACCUCUGGACCAUGAUGACCAGUGUGGCAAACAGAAAUUGGCCUACAAACUAGAACAAGUCAUAACCCUCAUGAGCUUAGACAGCUGAGAACCGUCCUUCCAGGGCAGCCCUGGAGGGAGGGACACACCAAGCCGUGCCUCAGUCUAGAUUUCAUCUUUACCAAGUGCAAGUUCCGACUGGCAUCAGCAGCAUCCCCUGAGCAGCGCUGUCUCCCCGGCCCCCGCCCUCUCUGCCUCUCUCUGCCUCUCCCUCCUUCCUGGAUCCCUUCUCGUUCGGUUGCUCUGCCAACACGCUUGGACCAAGCCGCCAACCCUGAGCCAGGGGUGGCCAGGCCCACAGUGAGGGACCUGUCCAGAAGAUAUCAGAGUGGGGCUCUCUUUCCAGCUGCUCCUGACUUCAUGCAGCCGCAGCCGCCACAGGGCCCAAAUGUGGAUGAGGAGCUGUGGACAGAGGACGUUUCUAUGCUGCUACUUCACCUUCCGCUUGAGAGCCCCGGCUUUGGUCCUGAAGUUGGCCUGGGGAAGAGGCAGUGGGCUCAGUAUUGUCCUCACGGAAGAUGUCACGUGGCUCGCCCUUCCCACAGUCCAUCUGCAAGAGGUCAGUCGGGGUGCUUCGCGACUGUGAGAAGAUAGGCCUCACCUCCUCCAUGUGGCUGGAGCAGGGAACAUGUGGGGGCUGCCUCCCACCUGUUGGGUCGACGCCAGAGGCCUCCUGUCCCUUUCCAAUCUCCAUGAAGCCCUUCCAAGUGUCCAUGUGGACCUGCCUGCCCAGCCUCCUCCCCUGCCUGGGGCAAGCCAGGCAGGAGAAAGAAUAGCACUUACAUUCCACCACGGAGACGCUCCUAACCUUCAGAUCUGGCUCCUAGCAGCAGGAAUGUCAUGUGGAGGGGGAGAAAAGAGAGUGGCAUCCACCAUGGGAGCAGCAUCUGUUGUUCUCCAUUCAUCCCCAAAUUCCAAUGUGUCACCGCCAUCGUCAUAGGUCUAGUCCAUGGCCAGAGCCUUAAGUGCUGUCUAGAGAAGGCAUCUCCACCCUCCUUGGUCACCCUUCAUCAAGGGUCAGCGUGAAAUGCAGCGUGCAUCCAGGAGAUUCUACCUCCAGCCGUCUCCAAGGCUCCAUCCCCACCAUCCUUGAGAACUCCAUAGAAGGCCAGGGCGGACAGUCCUGUACCUGUCCCCCCUGCAGAAUCUGGUGCCAUUGCUAUGCAGAUGACUUUGUCACUGGGCUGUCCAGACCUCCUUGGGAAUCAUUUCAUAACCAUCUCAGCUGUGUCUUCAGACGUACUCCUUCCUGACCCCUUCAGCAGUCCUCACGGGACUGCCCCAGCACAACCUCACCAUGACCACCACCCACCGUGGUCCCAGCUUGUCGUGUCUGGGAGGGACUGGAAAAUGAAGCUAAGGGACCUGAAUGGAAAUGGAAGGAGGGACAUGGAACUGACCACAGCCUUGGCAUCCAUCUCUCCACUCAUCCUUGCAUCUAUGGAUACCCCAUUUUAGCCAGUCAGGCAAAUGUGUGCUCAGAAAUGUGUACUAGGUAAGCGGAGGCCAUGGCGAGAAGUAUUCCAGUGGUGGGUCCUGGGAGCUUAUCAUCUUGAAGGGACCUCCGGUGCUGUGUGGUCCAGUCUCCACCCUAGGCAGGAAUCUCUUCUGGAGCUCUAGUUGUCGGCCAUUCUGGGCGACCAGGAGAAGCAUCAUGGCAGGUGGUGUUGAUAAGGAUCCCACCGUCACUCUCUAAGCACCAGAUGUCCUUCCUCGUCAUCCAUCAAAGUGAGGAAGGAGCCACAUCAUUUCCAGCCGAGUCCAUGCAGCAUCCUGCGCUUGAAGUCCCUUCGCCCCUUUGGAUAUGAAUAAAUGCGCGUGUGCGAGCGCACGUGCUCGCUCGCUCGUGUGUCUGCCCCAGGAGUAGGCACAGCGCUCCGGGAGAUUUCUUGUCCUAUGUAGGAGGAUGUUGACGUGUUUUGCUUCUCUGUCCCCUUGCUCAUCCGUUCAUCCUGCAGCUUCGGGACAUUUCAACACUUGCUUUCUGUGCUGAGUGCUAGUGGGUGGGGAGGGGAGGGGACCUGUCCAUAGGCGAUCAGGGUGGUCACCUGCCAAGGCCUGGACUUUGAUGACCCAGAGUAGGGCAUCUCACGGCAUUUCAGAGGACAUAUGGAAAAAGACACAAGCCACCUAACAAACGGGAAGAGGAGAAUGGAAGAAAAAGAUGCAUUUGAAAGGAAAAAUAAAUAACCAAAGGUUUUGGUACAUGGCCAGGUGGGAAGUGAGGAAUUUUCUUGAUCAUUUUAUUUCCUCCCAAGAAGUCAUGGGACCUGACAGGCCAGAAAGGGUGCAUGUGGGAGGCAGGCUGAGGAGGCAGCUCAGCCACCGAAAUGUUUUUGCACAUACGAGAGGUUGGGAGGAGAGAGACACAAACCUAUUUAACACAGAUUUACUGGAUGGAAGCUAUGGGUGUGUGUGUGUGCGUGUGUGUGUGCGUGUGUGUAUAUGGAUACAUUUUGAUUUAUUUUUAAAGUUUUGCACAGUUAGAGGAAAUAUGUGAACAAGUAGAAAAAAAAAGACUGUUAUGGUUUUGCUGAAGCUUUUAUUUUUUACCUGAUGAUUAUUAUUGUUGUUAUUACGUUGUCGGUACAGGACACCCCCACCCGCUUGUUUUUGUUAUAAGCAAACCUUCGAACACCUCAGAGAAACCUAAAUUUCAGGAAGAAAGCAGAGAGGAGGACAGACCAGGGUCCUGUCUUUCCUCGCUUCUCCCUGGACAGGGCUUUGGGGAAGAUGUUACCUUCAUUUACGGCGUGGGUGGUGUCUGGUGCUUCAUUCACUCACGGUCUCCACGGCCUGUUGGGGAUGAGAAAUUGGGUGGUCUCCCAGAGCCAUGACCCAUCUUGCCCAUAAAGAGUCUUCUUUCCUUUGUUUUCUGUUUCUUCUGUUUGGCUUCUUGGUGCCAGAGUGAGAGGUGCAACAGCAGAGAGAUAGGAUAUGGUCCAAAAGCUGUUCUUUUCCCUCUAGCUCCUCCUGGAAGGUCAGACACCCAGAGAGCUGGCCAGCUGGGCACAGGGGUUCCCAGAGUGAGUGGCCCUGUGGGACAGGUGUCCUCGUGGCCUCCCACCGCGUCACCGUCCAUCUGCAGGGUUGCAGUUCUGUAGAAGGAGGAACCAGGGGAGCAAGGCAAUCUCCUGAGCUCCCCUCCACUCACCCCUUCACCGCCCUUGAGACCACAGGGUGAAAAUACCCCAGCCAGGCGGAGAGGCUGAAUGUCGGGGGCGAGGGGCUGAUGUCAGGGAGGGAUGUGGGGCAGGGGAGCUCCGUGGGGUCCUGGAUGUGAAAGAGUGGGUGGAGGAGGUGGAGAAAGAUAGCUGUGAGAGCUUCUCCCUUCUCCUGGGGCACACUGUCUCCAGGCGUGGACUUGGGCCCUUGGUCCUUCCCUGUCAGGAGAGUCCCUGACAUUUGUUGGCCACUGCAGAUAGUGCAUGAGGUGAAAUCAGCGAUGCGUCAGUCACUUCCUCAGGAAAAUACUUUCUUGCCUUCUUCUUUCAAUAGGGUCUUAAGUUUGGGGACGGAGAAUAACCCCAGUGUCCCCCAGGCCAAGGUACGUUAUAACCCAGGUAACACAGCCAGCCAGAGGAGCCCCCGGCAACUCCCACCUAAGCUAGGGUGCCUCUGGGGGUGGGCUCAGGGUGCUUGAGUGGGGCCACAUCCAGGAAGAGAAGCCCUUUCAAUAAAUCCCAAAGUCUGAGGCAGACUGUCCAGGACUGUCCCCGGGCAGAGGCGGGAGCUGCUGAUGGGUUAUUUCUCUCGCCCUUGUCCCCGCAAGCCCAGCUCCACUCUCAGCCAGGGGUUAAGGACAUCCUCUCCCAGUCUCCAGGGUCCCUGGUGCUCACCUGCCCCCUUGCAUGCCUGGCUGCUGACCAGGCCCCUCCCCUGGUAGCAAGUAUCCUCCCUGUCCCUGUUUGUCCCUCCUGUGUACAUGGAGUCACGGCCCCAAGGCUCUCUGUCCAUUGCAGGACAGGAGCAGAUCAGCCCUCACAGGUCUGUCCUCUGAGACGGCCUCAGCCCCAGCUCACCCCCAAAACUGCCUCCCUGAGUGAUGGGGCUCCCCCCUCAGUGAGGCCCCUCUCAGAGGAGCCACAGUCAAUGAUGUCCCAAAUGACCUCCACUCUGAGAGGCCAGCCUCUGGCGCUUCUUGAGGGUCCUGGGUGGUGUUGUGACCCCUCCUGGUUUAAACGCCUCUCCGUUGGCUCUGAAAAGGGGAAGCCCAUUUCCAGCUGUCUUCUUUCCCAAGACGCAGGGGACACUGCCUUUGACGGCACAGGAGGCCCACCAAGGGUCUAGCCGGGUGAAGCCAGAACUGCUACCACCAAGAAGUACCAUUUCCUCCUCCUCCCAGCCAGCCAGGAGUAGGGAGGAUGCUGUAGGAGGCUCUGUUCAGCAGAAGGCCUAGAGAUGGGCCUCCUCCCCGCCCAGGAACAGCACCCUGGCGGGCAGUCUGAGCAGGUCCCCGAGGGCUUCUGAGGGGCAUUUGUGGAGUGAGUUACCUCCCAGGACCACCCUGGCCAGGAGGAGGCCACCCAGCUAGCCCACUGUCCUGACUCCUCCCUGACCUUCUGUCCUGUUCCUCCCAGUCCCUCAGGACAGGUGACCCAGGGACCCUUACCUGUUCCUUUUGGAGAAGCUGUGGACUGUUUAUUUGGAGUCCUGUAGUUGGUUGAUUGUGUAUUUUAAGUGUUUGAGAGUUAGAAGGAGGCCCAGUGUCAAUGCCAAGUCCAAAUUCCUGGGGGUGGAAGAAGGACACACACAACUCCACCUGUGACUUCCAAGAGGAUGAGGAGCGCCCCGGGGUCAGGGGCAGCCUCCCCUAUGAUUAGAGAAAGGGCCAGGAAGUCCCCCGCUGUGGACGUGCCAGGGGAAGCGCUCUCCAUGGCUGCUAACACUCUCCCUGCUUCCCCUGCACUUUUGAUGGACAGAGUCGCGAUGCCGCCCCUUCUCCACCCGCCUCCUGCCACCUCACCCCAAGGCACCCUGCAUGUAGCAAAUAGAGCCUUAUUUUACAAGUGGGCAGCUGAGGUACAGCCAGGUGACAGUGAAGAGGCAGUUCCUGAGAGAGGCUGGGGUCCCCAGAGCUUCUUUCACGGUGCUCCAAGGGUGGCAAAGCCCUUGUUGGGACAUGAAAUGACCACUCCUUCCAAUGAGGAAGUAGUUGCUACAGGAAAAGGUUCAGACAUUAGCAGAGACUUAAAAAAAAAAAUUACUACAAAGCAUUGCUCCCCAAUAAAACGACUUUUUUGUUAGGGGCGUGUCCAAAUUUUUGAAUUAUAUGGGAUUUUUUGGUUGUAAAAGUAAUACAUACUCAUUAGAGCCCCCAUUAAAUUUUUUGAGUAGACGGAUGACUACCAGAAAGUAAAGUCAAACAAAUUCCAUAACAAAAAGAACUUUCUGGAAAAAAAAAAAAAAAGAACUUUCUGUUCAUAUUGGCAGAGAGAGAGAGAGGCAGUCCUGGUGAGCAGGGGUCCUUGGUUGGAGAGUCUCCCCUGGCCUCCAUCCCCUCCUUCUUAGACGUCUGUCUGGUCCUGGCUCUCCAAGGGGCCCCCAGAAUUUUCUAUACUUUCUUAUCAGCAUCCCUCAAACUGCAGGGAGCACCCUGCUUGGGGGACCCUAGUUCUUCCUCCCUAAGAAUGCAAAAGCAAAUCGACCUUGGCCAUGCAGCACCUCCCUCUGGUUCUUUAGUUAGUAACUUUGAACUUAUGACUCAAGCACAUUGUGGAAGGGUUCCUUGUGAGAGUAGAAUUCACAGCAGAGGAUACAGUCAAAGAACAACCCCAAGGACACGUGAGGAACCCAGACCACUUUACCCAGCGAGACCGAGAGCGCUUCCGUGUGCAGAAGUCGGCCCAGGCCCGAGAUGGGCUCCGACGUCCUCGUCUGUCCUUCCCGCCCCCUUCCCUGAUGUUCCUGUCAGCUUGUUAAACCUUCCGUUCUUUACAGAGAAAAGCUAGUUUACCUCAAAGAAUCUUGUUUCCGCUUGGAAACCAACAUGGUCAUGUUUUAGAGAGGACGCCCCUCCCCUCCACUGCGCCCUGUCUGGGCCUGUUGUCCUUGGGGCCUGGAAGUCUUGGCUUCAUCUGGCUUCAGCUGCUCUGAGUGAGAACAAGGCCUCCAGGCCCUGAGAGGGGAGGGAGGGAGGGACUGGAUGCGGCUGUCCCCCUCCCCAUUUCAGAAUGUAGGGACCAGCCUCUCUCGUCAAGCAGGGUCCUGCCAAGUUACCAUAGCAACCAGCAACUCCAAGGUACCACCACAAUGGCUCAGCAAGCCGAGGUAUGAGGGGAGAGAAAGGGUACUGGCCUGAUCAGGUGACCCAGAAUUAAGCCCCCCAAUGCCAAGGGGGAAGAGAAGAAGCAGGAAUGGAUUUACGGGUGGUUUCAGGAACUGGCAGAGGUCUUUGAGUCUCAGAGAGGCCACUGAAGGGGGUAGGGCAGGACACUUCUGUUCCAGUUCCCCCCUUCCAGCCACACCCCACUUCUGUUCCAAAAUCAAGCUCCCACCUUGAACACUGAUCUUUUGUUAGAACAAAGCAAAACAAACCUUUAGACAGCAGUGUUAUGAUGAGCCUCAAAGACAGGUGGAUGAGAUCCAGGUGAAUGAAGAAGAGGGUCUUCUGGUUUGAUUUUUAAAGAAGAGUAUCCUAGUAAGAUUAAGCAAGAAAAAAAAGAUUUUAAAAAAAGUUUUUAAAAAAGAAAACCUAUGCUAUUUAAAUUGGAGCCCAGUUGUAACUUGGUAAAGGCAAGCUUCUGUACCUUUGUUAUAAUUAAUUGUAUACCUGUGUAUGUAAAUAUAAGGCAUUCCUAUUUUGCAGUUCAGAACAAAAAAAAACUUAUUUGUAAUAUAGAAUAAAGUUUAUUAAAAAAUAA